GGCAACUGAUGACAUCAUAGAUGAAUAUGUGAUUAGGUGGACAGAAGGGAUCAAUUCAACUGAUGUGGAUUAACGCGUGGAUUUGGACUGAUGAAGCGCGCGUGGAAACCCCGGUGUGGAUCAGCAGCAUCACUGAACAGCUGUAGUUUAAUGUUCAGUCCUCUUGCAGUUAUUUGAAGUGUUUUGAGGUGCUGUGGGGUUUGAACCUUCAACCUCUCUGUGACCAGCUGAGAUCUUGGACCAUUGAGUCACUCCAUCCCUGAAUCGCUCAUGUGUGUUGGACGCGCCGCGCACCGCAGGAGCGUCGAUGAGUAACGCGUCGCGAUCGUAACUGACAUGAUCGAUCAUGGCGAGGAACACUUCUCUGUACUUUCGCAUCGUUGAGGGACGAAAUCUGCCCGCUAAAGAUGUUUCUGGAACCAGUGAUCCAUACUGCAUCAUCAAAGUUGACAAUGAGGUCGUGGCCAGAACCGCGACUAUCUGGAAAAACUUGAAUCCAUUCUGGGGAGAGGAGUACACUCUUCAUCUGCCGAUGGGUUUCCAUACGCUCUGCUUCUACGUCAUGGAUGAAGACACUAUUAGUCAUGAUGACGUCAUAGGAAAGAUCUCCCUCAGUAAAGACGUGAUCGCUGCUCAACCCAAAGGGUUAGAUAACUGGUUGAAUCUGACCCGUGUGGAUCUGGAUGAAGAGGUUCAGGGUGAGAUUCAUCUGUCUCUGGAGCUCCACAGGGACGCUCAGAGGACCUGCCUGCACUGUCAUGUCAUUGAAGCCCGAGAUUUGGCUCCACGAGAUAUUUCUGGUACCUCCGAUCCGUUCACCAGAAUCAUCUACAACAACAUCAGCGCUGAGACAUCGAUCAUAAAGAAGACACGUUUCCCACACUGGGACGAGACUCUGGAGUUGUGCUUGGAUGAUGGUGAGGAUGACGAAGGAGGAACCAUCACGGUGGAGGUCUGGGACUGGGACAUGGUGGGCAAGAACGACUUUCUGGGGAAGGUGGAAUUCCCGCUGUCGUGUCUGCACAGAACUCCAGAAGUGCAGGGCUGGUUUCGUCUGAUGCCGCUGGGAAACGCAGCAGAUGACGCUGGGGGUAAACUGGGCGCUUUACGUCUGAAGGUGCGUCUGGCAGAGGAGAGAAUUCUUCCAUCUGUUUACUAUCAGCCUCUGAUCGAUCUGCUCAUGGAGGCGAUCAUCUCGCCUUCAGAGGUCAAUGAUCCGUCACCUUUGACCCUGCUGGAAGAGGUCACCACGGUAGAGAGUCGUCAGGACGUCGCCAUGACGCUGGUGAAGAUUUAUCUUGGCCAGGGUUUGGUCGUGCCAUUUCUGGACCUCCUGAACACCAGAGAAGUCCACAACACCACCGAUCCAAACACACUCUUCCGGUCCAACUCACUGGCCUCUAAAGCCAUGGAGCAGUUCAUGAAGGCUGUCGGUAUGCUGUAUCUUCAUGAAGUUCUGAAGCCUAUAAUCAAUCGAAUCUUUGAGGAACGGAAAUACAUCGAGCUCGAUCCGUGCAAGAUAGAUCUGAACCGCUCGAGACGAAUCUCAUUUAAAGGAGGCGUGUCAGAAGCAGAGGUGAGAGAGAGCAGUGUCGGUCUUCUGCAGACGUAUCUCACCAGCAUCAUGGAGGCCAUUGUGAGCUCAGUGUCCCAGUGUCCUCCGGUGAUGAGAGUCGUGUUCAAACAACUCCAUAAACGAGUGGAAGAACAGUUUCCAGAACCAGAGAAUGAGGAUGUGAAGUAUUUGGCCAUCAGCGGCUUUUUCUUCCUGCGUAUGUUUGCUCCUGCGAUUCUGACACCCAAACUUUUUCAGCUGAGAGACCAUCACGCAGACCCACGCACCAGCAGAACUCUUCUGCUGCUUGCCAAGGCUCUUCAGAGUGUUGGUAAUCUUGGGUUACAAUUGGGUCAUGGAAAGGAGCAGUGGAUGACCCCUCUGCAUCCCAUUAUUAUUUGCAGUGUGGCAUCCGUAAAAGAUUUUCUGGACAAACUCGUAGACAUCAACCACGACAACGUGUGUGAAGCUCCUCAGCGUGCCGUGUUUUUACCAUCAGUCAUCUUGAAGGAAGGUUUCCUGCAGAAACACAAAGCUGAAGGGCCGCAGCUCAUCAAACGCUUCGCUUUCAAGAAACGAUAUUUCUGGCUCAGCUCAGAGAUGCUGUCGUACGCCAAGAGCCCUGACUGGCAGGUCCGCUCCUCUAUCAAUAUCCAGUAUGUGUGUGCGGUGGAGAGAGUGGAUGAAAACGCAUUUCAGCUGCAGAACGUCAUGCAAGUUAUCACACAGGAGACAGAUGGACAACUGCACACCACAUACCUGCAGUGCAAGAAUGUGAAUGAACUGAAUCAGUGGCUGUCAGCGAUUAGAAAAGUGAGUAUUUAUAAUGAACACAUGCUGCCGUCGUUCCACCCUGGAGCUCACCACGGUAACAAAUGGACCUGCUGCCUGCAGCCCGACCGCACAGCGUCGGGCUGCAGUCGGACUCAUUCUGCCGUGACUCUGGGCGACUGGAGUGAUCCGUUAGAUCCUGAUGCUGAAACACAGAUCAUAUACAAAGAACUGCUGCAGGGACGAGACAAACUCAGGAAGCAGUACCUGGAGACACAGGAAACACAGACAGCUGAACAGGAAGUGGUCAAUCACACAUCAUCAGUGUGUGUGCAGGGUCGCUCUGAGCGUGCUCGAGCCGUCGCCUCGCGUCUGCUGGAGGUUGUUCUGGAUUUAGAGCGAGCUCAUUCGUCCUUCCAGAGCCGAGAGAGAGAUGAGAGCAGUUCACUGACGUCAUAGAGAGCGUUACAAAUCCUGAAGCCGACACAGCGACCAACUAGAUCUCACACGACACUGUAAAAUGACAAUUAUGCAAUCUGACGGUGGUGUCCUUGAAUGAUUAUUGUGCACGUUUUUGUAAUCAAACGCAAUUUACUCUGCAGAAAUCAUUUUCUAAAUUGGUAUUUUUCUUUAGUUUUUCCAGGCUAAAUAUCAAAAUAUCCAUAAACCAAGAUAUAUUCCCCCUAGAAACAAAAUUGCGUAAGAUAUAAACACUUGUUUACCGGAAAUAUUCUGUAUAUUGAAUAGAAGUGUCAUGUCAGCAUGUUUCCUGAAAUUGUUUAAUUAAUUAUGAAUAUCUUGUGCAAUGUUAACUCGCAGUUAAGAGGUGCUGGAAGCGAUUUUUCCAUGGAAAAGUAUGCAAAAAAUGUUCCUCUUCCAUGAAAGAUAUCACUGAAAUAAGUGUUGUACGAUAUCUCACCGGUCAAACAACGCUUUCGACCUGUCAAUCAUUCUGUAUUGUAGUUUCAGCACAUUAUUGAGGCUUAAUGCCAUUUUUAUGCCAUGUAGUUCAUAACAGCUGCCAGUAGAGGGCACUGUUUUGCUGCUGUUGUUUUUAACAAUAAAGCUCAUUUGGUAUCUUUGGAUUGUGGGGUUUUGGAAAAGGGGCGUGGCUAAUCCAACGCCUCAGUCCUGAAAUCGCUCACGGCACCUUGUUUUAAGGAUGUUUUGAUAUUUUUACUGGAAAAGCACACAAAGGGAAUAUUGAUUAACAAUUCGAUUUGUUUUUACAGCAUAUCGAAUGUCUGUGAAAUGAUUUUUACCGUAUGUAUUUGUACUUUCAAAGUGUUUAUAUUCUUGAUGCUCUCUGGGGUGAAUUUUUAAUCGAAUGCCACACUGUAGCUUUUUAAACCAGACGUGUGCGUGUGCAUUGCGGUCUGCAUGGCAUUUGACACGUGUCAGUAAACACACACACACAUAAGAAACCUUUAGUGCAAUUACACGGUUUCUUGCUUUUCUUUCAUCCAGGAGUGUGUGAAGUAGUUCUUGACCAAAUAAACAUGUUUCAGGAUUAAUAUUGUAAUGUAAAAGCGCUAUGAUCUUCUUCAGGACUUUGCAACGUGCCAAACGCUGUUUUUGGGUUGACAGAUUGUUUUUAAACGUUUGCUUUUCUCUGCCGUAAUAUGCCUUUGUUGCUUUAAAACACAUUUUGUUUGGACAGAAAGUUUCAUAUCUGCUGUGCCUGUAA